UACUUCUGCCUUUCAAAACGACGAGGGCUGAGAUUCAGAGGAACUACAAAUCCCAUAAAGCGUUGCCCGGAGAAGGCCUUUGGAGAGCGCGGUCGGCCUCGGCGCAGGCGCGGUGGCGCGGGUUCGGCAUUGAAGAAACAUGGCAGGCCCGACGUUGACUGCAAGGUUGUACUCCUUGCUAUUCCGCAGGACGUCCACCUUCGCCCUCACCAUCGCCGUAGGCGCCCUGUUCUUCGAGCGUGCCUUCGAUCAAGGGGCGGAUGCGAUCUACGAGCACAUCAACGAGGGGAAGCUGUGGAAACACAUCAAACACAAGUAUGAGAACAAGGAGUAGUUCCUCGGAGGCCCCCAUCCAGGCCAGAAGGACCCACCAGCUGUUUGCCCAGCGCUCGGGCCUCAGCUUGAAGAUGAUGAUCAAGUUACUUUGCACGGACCACCUUUAGCUGUUGGCAAGAAGUGGCUUCACCUAACAAACAGACUCUUUAACUUAUGCUGUGUUUGAAGUAUGUUUAUUCAGAGUCAUCAGCAAAUAAAUGUAAAUUGUCCUUGA